AUGGCCAAGCCAGCUGCAGUGCCUGUCCUCAGGGGCGGAAAAAACAAUUCAAAAACCUGCUCACCUGGAAGCAGAUGCCCACCUGGUUCUGAUAGACAGGUACCCUGCUUGCCAGGGACCUACCAACAUUUACCAGGACAGCCAGACUGUGUUAAGUGUCCUGCGGGAUUUUACUGUGCUGGCUUAGUGGAUGUUGACACUGGGCAUGUGUCAGGGACUCACACUCCCAUGCUGUGUCCUAAAGGACAUUACUGCCCAUCAGGAACGCAGGAUGGUGUAGCAUUCCCGUGCCCAGCUGGCACCUUCAGCAGGCAGAUGGGGUUGUCCAAUAAGUCAGACUGUGAGCUCUGCCCUCCAGGGAGCUACUGCAGUUCCUCUGGAUUGGCUGCUCCUACUGGGAUUAAGCGUUACCUUUGUAUCCAGGGUUCUUUUUCUCCCCAACCAGAGGAUCACCCAACAGGAGGCCGCUGCUCUGCAGGGUCCUAUUGUCCACAGGGUACCAGCUACAUGAUUCCCUGCCCUGCAGGCACUUUCAGCUCCAUAGAAGGAGCAGUUUCUUUGGAAGCAUGUCAGCCUUGUUUGCCUGGCCACUUCUGUGCCAAGGACGGUCUCUCCUUCCCAUCUGGCCUUUGCAACCCCGGCUUCUACUGCAAAGAAGGAUCCAGAUCUGCCACGCCUUGGGGUAAUACCACAGGAGAUACCCUAUCUCCAUCCCCACUUCCUGGUGAAUCAACCCUGGGUCAGUUCCAUGGAGAUGUGUGUCCUGAAGGCUACUAUUGUCCUAGAGGGAGUGCAAAGCCCAGCCCAUGUCCUCCAGGCACCUUCUCUGCGAGGUCUGCGGCUGAGUCCGAGGCGGACUGUGAAGCUUGUUACCCAGGCUCUUACUGCCCUUCAUGGGCUCAGACUUCUGCUGACCUCCUCUGUCCCCCUGGGUGGUUCUGUCCAGCAGGAUCAGCGUCUGGACAUCAGCCAGGUUUUUACUGUCUGAAAGGUUCCUCCAUGCCAUCUCCAUGUCCAAUCGGCCACGUCAGUCCAUCAGCUGGCAGGAUGUCCCUAAGUGACUGCUCCCUCUGCCCCUCUGGCUUUUUUUGUAACAGCAGCGCUCUGACAGAGCCGUCUGGACCCUGCAGCCCAGGACAUUUUUGUUCCCCGGGAUCCACUGAGCCUUCUCCUGUCUCCCAGACUUAUGGAGAUGUUUGUCCCAUGGGACAUUUCUGCCCUCAGGGAAGUGGGUCUCCCACACCCUGUCCUGUUGGCAGCUUCUUUCCCGAGCUUGGCGCACUCUCUCUCCCCCAAUGCCGUCCUUGUCCCCCAGGGAAAUACUGCCUGAAUCCUGGAGCCUCACAGCCCACAGGUCUGUGUUUUGCGGGGUUCUUCUGUUCUGGAGGUGCAGAUAGUUCCACACCUCGAGCUAACUCAUCUUUGUCCAGCUGUCUUCUUAAAAUACUAGAGGGUUACACCAUAAGGACAAACGCCACCUGGAUGCAAAACCUGCCCUGCUUUAAUAACUCAGGGAGAGACGCUAGUGGGAUCAAAGCGGCAGCAGUGUCACGGGAAGAUUUAGAUCAGACUGUGACUGAUUCACAGCCGAGUCUCAAGACGCCACAGUCUGCGUGUUCCACCUACAGAGGAGAUAUAUGCCCUCGGGGUUUCUAUUGUCCUAUGGGCUCUGCUUACCCUCACUCCUGUGAGGCUGGUUCUUACUGCAACCAGACUGGCCUAGAGGCUCCAGCAGGACCCUGUGCAGCUGGAUAUCACUGCCCUAGAGGCUCUUCUGAACCCCACGCCAACCCUUGUCCCACAGGACACUAUUGCCCCCUUGGAACCCGGCUUCCUCUGCCCUGCCCUCUGGGAACUGUAAAAAGUUCCCUUGGUGGAUCCACUGUUGAGGCUUGCCAGCUGUGUCCUCCAGGUCAAUACUGUCACCAGCAAGGAAUGGCUGAGCCAAGUGGCCCCUGUGCAGAAGGCUACUACUGUCCUGAGGGACAGAUCUCUGAAAGACCACAGCAACAUGCCUGCUCAGUUGGUCAUUACUGUGAGAAGGGUAGCGCCAGACAGACAGCCUGCCUUCCUGGCACCUACCAGUUCAGACGAGGUCAAGCUGGCUGCGAGACGUGUCCUGCUGGUUUCUAUUGUAAAGAGCAAGGAACGACUCUUCCACUUCCAUGUGAGAGAGGGUUUUAUUGCCCCAGUGGAUCAGCAUAUCAGCAUCCCUGUCCAUCCGGAACCUAUGGAAACAUAUCAGGACUGGUUGAGGAAUGGCAGUGUUUACUGUGUGACCCCGGGAUGUACUGCAGAGGAACAGGGAGGACUACCCCCACUGGGCACUGUGCUGCAGGGUUUGUUUGUGCCGAGGGAGCCAGUGAACCUUCACCGUUAGACAAUGUGACAGGAUUCCCUUGCCCGCCUGGGUUCUUUUGCCCUGCAGGCACAUCUGUACCACAACCAUGCCCAAAAGGAACAUUCAGUGAGCAGAUCGGCAUUGUUGAUCAUUCUUCGUGUCGAGGCUGCACACCUGGCUUUUACUGUUCACAGCCUGGCCUUUCUGAAGUGUCUGGACCCUGCUCGCCAGGUUUUUACUGCUUAGAGGGAUCCCAGUCUGCUACUCCAAUGUCAAGUGUAUCGGGAGGUGUUUGUCCAGCAGGCCACUACUGUGCAGAGGGCAGCAGUGCCCCCUCACCUUGCCCGCCUGGUUUUUACCAAAAUAAGACUGGAGGAAAAAGCAAACAUGACUGCAAACCAUGCCCUCUUGGCUGGUUCCAGGAUUUGCCAGGGCAGAACGAGUGUAAUCCCUGUCCCCCUGGGUUCCACUGCCAGCCUCUGAAUCCCAGCCCCACCAGAGGGAGCUCUGCCGGAGUCUCCAGCCCUCUGCCCUGCCCAGCUGGUUAUUUCUGUCCAAAGGAUGAGAGUCCACACAAUCAGCCACUCCCGUGCCCCAAAGGCAGCUACAGCCCCUUGCAGGGUCUCACUAGUGCAGGUCAGUGCUUAGUAUGCCCAGCAGGGCAGUUCUGUGGCUCUGAAGGUCUGGUUGAGCCUUCAGGAUCGUGUGCUGCUGGGUUUCUUUGUCUGACGGGUGCCAAAGUGCCAAACCCCACUGACAACAGAACUGGAUCUCUCUGUCCACCUGGGAUUUUCUGCCAGCAAGGUCUCAGAGCAGGUGAUUGCUGUUUGGGCUUUUAUUGUGACUGGGGCUCCAGCAAAGCAGAUCAGGCUGUGUGUCCAGCUGGUUUCUUCUGCCCCAGUGGAACACCAGCACCGGUGCCUUGUCCUGCAGGAACAUUUAGCUCUCAAACAGGCAACAUGCAUCAAUACAACUGCACCAUCUGUACCCCUGGAUACUACUGUCAAGGUGAAGCUACUGUCCAGCCUGUGCUGUGUCCUAUUGGUCACUACUGCCCUGCAGGUCUGACUCUAGGACUAGAGUUCCCUUGCCCACCUGGCACUGUGCAGAACCACCUCGGAGCGUCCAGUCCUGAAACCUGUCUCUCCUGCCCUGCUGGAAUGUUUUGCUCUCAGUCUGGGCAAUCCCAGCCCACAGGUCUCUGUGAAGCAGGAUACUACUGUCCUGCUGGAUCAACCAGUCCAAACUCUACUGAGUAUCAGGGAAAUUCGUCUGGAAGUCAUCUUUGUCCGCCUGGCCUGUACUGCCCUGCAGGCACUGGCUAUCCACUCCCCUGCCCUGUUGGUUCUUUCUCCAUCGCUCAAGGACUAAAGGGAGUUGAUGAAUGCACACUCUGCCCCCCUGGACUGUUUUGUGACAGUCCUGCAAUAGCAGAGCUUUCACAAGCGCUCCCGUGUCAGGCUGGGUAUGUAUGCUUGGGCGGCAGCUCCAGUCCCACUCCAUCCAAUGGUUCCCAUGGCUACCUCUGUCCUGCUGGCCACAGCUGUCCUAUUGGCUCAGCACAUGAGGAGCCCUGUGAGCCUGGCACUUACAGUCCUGCCCCGGGAGCAGCCCGUUGCUUAUUAUGCCCCAAAGGAACCGUGUGUCCAUCGUCAGCCACUAAAGAGCCCUCCGCCUGCCCCUCUGGUCGUUUCUGUCCUGCUGGGACAGCCCUGCCUCAGCCCUGCCCUUCAGGUACUUUCAACAAUCAGACAGGUGCCCACACGCUCUCUGCCUGCACACCCUGCCCCUCUGGACUGUACUGUGGCUUAUAUGGAGCCUCCAUACCACAAGGUUUAUGUUUGCAGGGUUAUUUCUGCCAUGGUGGAGCUAUGGAACCAGCCCCUCACAGCUCUGAACACUUCUCCAGGAAUGGCCCUUGCCCUGUGGGCCACUACUGUCCAGCAGGGUGCCUCUCUCCAAUUCCAUGCCCUCUUGGCAGCAUUCGCAACUCCACUGGAGGUGUGUCCAUGGAGAGUUGUUCUACCUGUCCUGCUGGCCACUACUGCUCUACAGACGGUCUGGCUAGCCCCAGUGGUCCUUGUGCUGCUGGUUUCUACUGCCCUUUUGACUUCUCUUCAACUACCCCAUAUGCAUUCCUCUGUCCCAAGGGCCACUACUGUCUGCAAGGUUCUGCCAUGGCCUUGCCUUGUCCCACAGGAGAGUACCAGCCUAACCAGGGAUCAGACAGCUGCAUUCCCUGCAGACCUGGUUUCUACUGUGAGGAGGCCAUAGUGGGAGAUCCACUACCCUGCCCACCACAUUCAUUCUGCCCUGCAGGAACAAUGGUACCUCAGCCCUGUCCUAAUGGGACAUACACCCUUUCAGAUCUGGGAGGUUUACAGGAAGAGAGAGAGUGUUCACCCUGCCCUCCAGGAAAGUUCUGCAGGGGUGGUAAGAUCCAAGGUGUUUGUGCUGCAGGGUAUAUCUGCGUUUCUGGAAGCACAGAUUUCACCCCUCAGGGACCAGUGUUUAACUUAACCCAGUGCCAGUGGGGUGUGCAGUGUGCUGGACCGUGUCCACCAGGUUUCUAUUGCCCCGAAGGCACAAAACAGGCUCAGUUGUGUCCUGCAAAUACCAUCAGAAGCUCCCCAGGAGGUGCCAGCCUACAGGAUUGCUUACCUUGCCCACCCCAGUAUUGGUGCAAAUCUGGAGACCCAGUUGCUCAUCUGUGUCCUGCUGGUCAUUACUGUGAUGGUCUGCCUGGUGGCGACUUUGUUGGAGGGACUGGUGCCAGGCCAUGCCCUCUCUACACUUAUCGAGCUUCUCCUGGAGCACACAGCAAGGGGGACUGCCUGCCAUGCCCACCUGGUUCACACUGUAACAGCACAGGGCAGACAGACUACUCCAAAUAUCCCUGCCCACCUGGCUUCUGGUGUAGUGGGACUGGGCCUCCCAUCCUCUGCCCCGCAGGCACCAUGAGGCAGCUUCCGGGAGCUGCUGCACCCAGCCAGUGUGAACUCUGUGCAGGGGGAACCUUCUGCCCACACCCCCAGGAUACAGGAAAACCUAACGUGGAAGGGAUACCCUGUCGGGCUUCCUAUCAGUGUCCUGUUGGUGGGUUUGUCAGAAUAGCUUUAUGUGAAAGCUCCUUUUAG